AUGCCACUUGGUUUCAAAUCCGCAAUAUUGCGCCACACCAAUUCUAUCAAACGUCCGACAUUAAAUGGACUUAAAGAUACAAUUCGUUCUACUCGUUCUAAUAUUACUACCGACGGUGGAUACGAAUCUAACGAAUACAUUCAUGAAACUUUCUUUACGAAAGACAACUACCAGUCAAUUAUUAAAUGCUUGGAUGAAGGUUAUAAAAUCUGUAUGAAUUUGAUCGGAUAUAUGCAAGAUUAUAAUGAUCUUCAACUAGAAUAUGCUCGUUCUCUUACUUCACAUUCAAAUAAAUGGUCAUCUAAAAUAAAACAACAACUAUCUCUAUCAUCUUAUCAUACAACAAAACGUGCUCAACUUAAAACAAGUAAUUUACCCGAUAAAAUUGCUCAACUUAUAACAUCUCGUUGUGAUGCUAUUCAACAAGUUAUUGAUACAUAUCAAGGACAAGUUGAACGAAUGUAUCCAAGUGAACGUUUAGGUACGUCUCACAAACAUUAUCGAACAGAUCACAUCAGAAAAGCAUUUAAAGCAGCUCAAUCAACGUUAUCCAAAUUAUCUGAUCUACUUGAAAAAUUACAUGAACAAGAAAAACAAGCAAAACAAGCUCUUCAUGAAGCUGAUGUUCAAUGUGAAAAUCUUGGUUUAGAUCCUACCGCAAGUAAAAACAAAGUAACACGAGCAAAAGAUACUCAAGAAAAACGGCAAUAUGAAUUAGAAGAUAUUCAAGAAAAAAUAACUCGAACAGAAAAAGAUUAUGAUCGCGAACAAGAAAUUUAUCGUGAGAAAGGAAUUGAAAUCUAUAAAGAAUGUCGAGAUUAUGAAAAAGAACGAUUAGAUCAAAUCCGAGAAACUUUACUUGAAUUUUCUCUAGCUGCUCAUUCAUCGGAAUAUUGUGAUGAACAAAAUACACUUUUUGAUGAUCUUAUUGAACAUAUUGACGCUAAACAAAAUUCGAUAGAAGAUCUUGAUUUUUGGGCACAAACUUAUCACAUCGAUUAUAAACCAAAAUCUAAGUCAUCUGAAACAACUGAUGAUGCUCAACGAAAACCAAAAAAAUCUCAGAAGAAUGAAGCUCAUACUCCAACAGAAGAAAAUACACAACAAAAAACAAUAGUACCGGAUGAUAAUAAAGAAGAAUCAACAGUAAAAACUAAACCAAAAAAGACAAAAACUUCAACAUCUACUGAAAAGAAACGUGAUUCUCCAAGUGAACCAACUACACCAAUUACACCAAAAUCUCAAUCAGAUAUAAUCAAUAACACCAAAAAUGCUACCAAUAAGAAAUAA